GAUGUGGGCAUAAAACGGAAAGAAGAACAAGAAGAAGAAGGCAGCCGCCUCGGCGAUGGAGCGCAGCGAAGAAGAAAGCGAGUCGAAGCUUCAUCAAUCCACCGACGACCAGUCCAUCGUCCAGUCCUCAAAUGCGUCAGAAGAUCCCGAAACGCCAUGGAAGUACCGUCGUCACGGCAGCGACAGAAUGGCCCCACAGCGCACCAUGCGCCUGAUUCCGGUGCGGGAUGACGGCAGGCUGUCAGCUUCGGGCAGCCACAGUGCGCAGUUCUCAUUGGACGAGGAAAGCCUGGUGGGAACUGUGAGCGCUCCAUCGGAAGGUGAAUGGCCACGGCCGCGUAAGCCAUCGGCGUACUACCUCUGCAUGCAGCGCUGCACCAUCCUGGCCACUAUGUGUCUAGUGAUCCUGGCCUUCGGCGCGGUCAUUACGGGCGUCUCGAAGAAGAAGAGCCACCACGCCCUGUUCUAUAUCGAGGUGCGGCACACGACAGAACGUACCGAGGCGACGGUGGCAUCCGAUCACACGGUUGUCAAAGGAGGCGACCGCCGCAGGGCGCUCAACUACGACACGACCGAGGGCAACGACACCGUGCCGGGUGGCAUGCCUCUAUUGCGAAACGAGACGAGGCUCGACGUGGACGAGGAAAGCGAGUAGAUCCGUCGGCUGCCAUUAAAGCCUUCAAAACUGCUCAGCCGAUACGCCAUAUCUCUGCUCGAAAAUCUGUCCGAAGGUCCUUAGGUCUUUGAAUAAAUUGCACAUUUAUUAGGAAAA